AUGCUGUCUCAGUCGAAUGAAGAGCUGAAACGCAUCGGCACCAUCGCCGCCGCCACCGUCACCCGCACCUGGCUCGCUCUCGCCAACGACGCAGUCACCUCCAUCGACCACGGAUGGGUGCGCCCCACGCGGGAGAUGUACUCCAACUUCUCGCCUGAGUACACGCGCGCGCGCGAGGUGGGCAAGGACACACGCGGUCGUCAGCGAGAAGACGCUGCAGGCGCCGUUCGAGACGAAGCUGCAGCUGCCGUCGGGGAUUGCCGCCGUGUUCGCGGGCAUGAUGCACAGCAAGACCGACGUGGAGACAAGACUGCGGAAGCACGCUGCUGGGACGCAGACGUCUUCACGCUCCUGAUGUCGCUGCAGCCCUUUGUAUGGUGGGACCUGUCGCUGGGGACGGGCAACCUGAACCCGGAGGAGGCGGCGGUGGCGGAGGUGCAGCACGAGAGUUGGGCGCAUCCCCGAUUGGCGUGGGCCUGCAGCGACGACGUGCUGUUCCGCACGGUCGCGGACGGACAACGAGUACAGGUUGGCGACCCAGGCCUCCGACGAGGCUGCUGGGCGCCAUGCACGUUGAGCGGCCGAACCCGCUGCCGAUGCCCCCACACAUUCACGUGCUGAUGGAACUACUUUUCCACGGGCCGCUGGUGCGCAAGGCAGGCGUACCGGCGUGGACGUGGGAGUGAAAGAGGA